AUGAGUGAGAAAGAUUUCCACCAGGAAUACACAGCGCCCAAGAGCGCGCUAAGGCUCACGCCGGCAAAGGUGACCGCGCUAUCAGGUGCGCUCGCGGGCUUUCUCUCGGGCGUGGCGGUAUGUCCGCUUGACGUAGCAAAGACGCGCUUACAGGCACAAGGCGCAUUUGCAUCACUGUUGCGCAGCGCUGACGCUCGCGGCACACCCCCACCGUUCAAGUAUAAGGGCUUGGUGCAGACAAUCUCAUUGAUUCUGAAGGAAGAAGGUAUCCGUGGGUUGUACCGCGGGUUGGUGCCCAUAGUAUUCGGCUACUUGCCGACGUGGAUGAUCUACUUCACGGUGUAUGAGAAGUGCAAGCCGGUGAUUUCGCGGAACCUCGACCACGAAUUCGGGUCGUACGUUUUAUCGGCCAUUUGUGCGGGUGCUGCCUCGUCGAUUCUGACGAACCCCAUCUGGGUGGUCAAGACCCGAUUGAUGCUCCAGACCGGCUCUGGGUCCCUCAUGAACCCCACCUUUGAUCCAAAGAUAAAAUCUCGCGCCUCACAUUACUACUACAAGGGCACGAUCGAUGCCUUCAGGAAGAUGUACAAGUACGAGGGCCUCACGGUCUUCUACUCGGGAUUGGUCCCGUCGCUCUUUGGCUUGAUGCAUGUGGGGCUCCAGUUUCCCGUAUACGAGAAGUUAAAGAAGUUCUUGAGGGUCGACCAGGAAGACAGUGAUGUCACAGGCAGCCGCUUGUGGAAGUUGGUGGCGGCCAGUUCCUUGUCCAAGAUGUUUGCUAGUUCUAUUACGUAUCCCCACGAGGUUUUACGAACGCGCAUGCAAUUAUCAGGAAACACAAAGGAAGACCCGAAGGACGUGAAGGUGUACGGAAAGGGUGGAAAGAAACUUGGUUUAUUUGCCACGAUGAAGAAUAUUUAUGUGAAGGAGCUGAUGCGCGGGUUUUAUUCUGGGUUUGUUGUUAACUUGAUGCGAACCGUUCCCGCCAGUGCUGUGACGUUAGUCAGCUUUGAGUAUUUCAAGGCGCAUUUUACACAAUACGUGUGA